AGCGGGGCAGCUGAGGGCGGCUCUCGCGAUACUCGAGGCGGGGCGGUGGAGCCGAGUUUGAAUGAUGGCGGCGGGGCGGGCUGAGCGCUGAGGGCAUAAAUGUUAAGUGACACUUGAAUGAACUUCUGAAGGCAAUAAAAGGAAGAAAAAAAUGGAGACAGAGACCAUUCUAAAUCUUAGACAACAACUGAAAGAAGCAGAGAACGAGCGAAGAAAGGCUGCACAAUAUGGCUUACACUUACUGGAGUCUCAGAAUGAAAUUCAAAAUCAGUUGGAUCAAAUACGGCGUGAAUUAACGGAGAAGACUGAGAUAUUUGAACAAGAGAAAUAUUCUCUUCAGAGAGAAAUCGAACUUAAGAAUAGGAUGUUGGAAAGCCUGAGUUUUGAAUGUGAUGCCCUCAAGCAACAGCAAAAUGUGCAACUUGAUAAACAGAAAGAACAACUUGCCAGAGCUCAUGGACAAGAAGUCAAUGACCUUAAAUGCAAGUUGGAGAACCUGAAGGCAGAACUGGAUGAAACCCGGCUCUCUGAGAAACAAUUGAGACACAAAGUGGACCAUCAGAAGGAAAUAAUUGCUGCCAAAACAGAAGAGCUACACAUGAUGUCUGAACGUGUGCAUGAAACCAUGUCUUCAGAAAUGCUCAAUCUUCAGAUGGAGCUCACAGAGCUAGAAAGUGUGAAGGCCAAUGUUGAAGAAAAGCUGAAUGAACUGCAGUACAGCAAAGAACAACUUGAACUCAUAAAUAGUAACUUACGUAAUCAGCUGGAGCGUCUACAAGGAGAAAAAGAAGAGAGGGAAAAAGAAGUUGUUUCUUACUGUAAUGCACUGGAGAAAGCUCGUGAAGCUAAUCAAGAGCUUCAGGUUCAGCUGGAUCAUGUGGUGCAGCAAUCUUUGGAUCCUACAAGCAAAGGCAAUUCUCUCUUUGCUGAGGUGGAGGACCGUAGGGCAGAAAUGGAACGACAGCUGAUCAGUGUGAAAAUAAAAUAUCAGUCACUACAAAAACAACAUGCAUUCACUAGAGAACAAUUGCAAAGAAUGAAGCUGCAAAUGGCUACCUUGCUACAGAUGAAAGGUUCUCAGGCAGAAUUUGAGCAGCUGGAACGCUUACAGUCAAUGUUGGAGCAAAAGAACGGUGAAAUUGAAGAUCUUCUUGUGAAAGUGAGGCAACUAGAAAAAUUCAAGACUUUAUAUGAGAAUAUGGAAGAAUGUAGAGCGAGUACCAGCUCAAAAGGAGGAGAGUCUGAAGAUGGUUACUACGCAGACUUGCUGCAAAUGAAACUCGACAACUCAAACAAGGAAACAGAAACCUUGAAAAAUGAACUAUCUUUGCAGAGGAUGAAAGCUUUGUACGAGAGCCAAAGAGUUCUGGAAGUUGAAAGAAAACUCUUUACAAAUGAGAGGCAGUUGCAAGCUUGUCAGAGUGAGAACAUGAAUUUGCGAGUUAUGCUGGAUGAAUUAAAAAUGAAAUAUGAACCUGAAGAGUUACUUAAAGUCACUAAAAUUAAAAAGAAAAGGGAGAAGAUUCCAGUGGAUGCUACUUGUGAAUAUUUGGACAGCAAAAAUGCUUCAGUGAAUGAGGCUCCUCUCACUCAUCUUCCAUGUAAGGAAGAAGCUAAGACGACUUCAAGCAACUUGGAGCAAAUUGAUUCUUCGUCCAAAAAACAAACGCUUGAAGCAUCACCGAUCAAUGUAGGCCUUCAGUCAACGGACAAGGUAGUUGAACCUGAAAGGAAGAGAGUUAAAACUAAAGAUGACAGUCUUGACACCUGCAGAAGCGGAAGUAAUUUUUUGACUUCAAGUGCCCCCAGGUCAGUGUCAACUUCUGUAUAUGGUCAAGGCAAUCAGCACAGUCCUGCACCUCUUUUCUUUCGCUGCAUGAACUAUGCUAUCCACUUGUUUAUCUGUUUCCUCAGUAUUGCAUGCCGUGUAAUUCCUAAGCUCCAGCUGCCUACCUUCGACCUCUCAAAACUUUUUAGAAAGACUAAAAUGGUGGCUUAUGAAAAAGACUCUUGAAACUGUAACUGUUCUUGAAAUGAUGUUAAGGUUAAAGGUGUGUAUGUACUGUUACAACUUGGUUGUUUUGCUUUUCUUUCGAAAGUUAGACUGUUUUGUCAUGUAACUGCAUUGCAUCUGAAGGUCUAAAAUAAACCAACCCCAAUCAGUAGGCAUCAUGCUUCAGAUUCAUACCUUAUUCUAGCCAUCCUCAAUUUCAGAUUGAGGCUAAAGCCUAAAAAAAAGAGUAAAAAAAAUAAAGAGUAGUAAACUUAACAGGACUUGUAGUAUACAAGGUUAUAUAUUAAUUGUGCUAUGAAUUCAUAUUAGCAGGCCACUGACUUUGCUAACCUGGAUGCAUGAUAACUUGAAAUGUAACUGUUAAAACUAAGAUUAAUCUUAUUUCAUAAAUAGAGAGUGACUUAAGGCAGUCCUUGUGCAUGUUUGUUCCAGAACAGCCUGAAGCGUGCUUUGAAACAAGACUGAAGAAAGCUUAAAGAUUGUUGAGGGCAGUAGGGUAGGGCUGUAUCUUCGGUUGAGGGGAAAAUGUUCGUGUGAAUAAUAUUUCGGGUCCUAACAACAAAUACCUUUCAGAUCAGUUUGUGCAAUCUAGAAUGUCAGCAGCUUCCAAGAUGAAUGAAUGAGCCUGAAUUCUGUACAGUUGAUCCAAAACAGCAUUUAUAUGUAGUUGAUUAUUUUGCCUCAGAUCAAUUGUUCGUGGCUGUGUUGGAUGUAAUUAAGAGGUUUAAAGGAGCUGCACAGUGUAGUCCCCCAAAGCAGGCUGCAAAAACUGCAAGGGAAUGAGAAGUUGAGUCAGCUACAUCAGCGUAUGCAGGGACCCUUCCUGAGGAGGAAAGAGCAGAGAGGUCAGACAUGGGUGGCAAAUACUGAGAGGAGGGAUUUAUGGUGUUCUGUGUGCAUGAAGGAACAGUUGUGUAAACUGGGUAUGGAAAUGUAACUUUAAUAUUGUUCUGAAGAUGGUGAUAAAAUACUGCAGGCAGUAAAUUGUUGGAAAAAUGUUAUGUGAAUGGAGGAGGUCAGCCUCUUCUGAGCUGGAGGGGGGUUGAGGAAAGGAAAAUGUUUUAUGGCACUGAUAUUUUGGGAGCAUAGGAAAAGUGAAAGAAGAUGAAGACAAAGGUUUUAAUUGUGCACACAUAAGGAAUAAAAUGUAACAGGGGAGUGGGAAAAACGUUUUUCCUACGCUCCAUAAAUCCACCUCCACAUCUGGUUUUGAAAUGAUAGUAGAGUGAGUAAAGGGUAAAUCAAGAAGUAAGAUUCUGGUCAUGUUUGACAUCAUAUUGAUGAAGUAUUAAAUCCCCACCUAAUGAGCUUGUAAGUUACCACUGAGGAUCCCUUAAAUCCUAACUUUUUAUUAUAUAUUAAGUAGGAAAUCUAGAUUAAAAUCUGAGUGUUUGGGAGUCUAGUUUUCUGAAGGAUCUUUAGGCUUAUGUGAUGCACGUGAGUAAAACUCUUCAUGGGGUCCUUGCUAAAUGGAUGGGGGCAAAAUGUGUGCGCAAAUUGAGUAUGAAUGUGGACCUAAAAAUUGAGAGUUUGGGGGAAAGGAAAAAGUGUAAUUGGCACUUGCAUAUUGUGGUGUUUGUAGAGAUGAGCCAUAUUAAGCAUGGAUGGGUUGGUUGCAAAUUUCAUUCCUAGGAAAAGGUGUUGGGAAGGUGUUGUAAUCCUGGUUUAGGAGUAAGAAGUAGCUGGAUGCUCAGCAUGUACAGCCACUGGGGGAAAAUUUCCUUGCUUGCUAACUACAGUUCCAGCCUGCUGUAGCAUGAGCUCCCUGCAGGCUGCAGCACGAAUAUCUGCUCUGAUGUUACUUUGUGGGCAGCAAGAGAACAACCUGCUGCACUGCAGUUGUUUUCAUGGGCUGCAGGGGAAUCUCAGCUCUGGUACUUGGAGCAUCUCCUGCCCCUUCUUCCUUACUGACCCUGGCAUCUGCAGUGUUGUUUAAGUUUUUUUUCAACUCUUCUCCCCUGCAGUUGCUGUGCGGUGAUGUUUUGGGGUUUUUUUAUCCUUCAUGUUAUUUACAGAGAUGCCACCAGUGCUGCCAGUGGGCUCAGCUUUGGCAGCAGGCCUGUUCUGGAGCUGGCUCUAUUGUAAUGUGGGCUGGUCCCUGGCUUUCUCCUUGAGGUUGCUCCUGCAGCCCCUCCCCUUCCCUCACCAUCACCUUGCCACAUGAAUGCAGUGCAGAGCUGUUCUCUCAGAUUCCUUGUGGUUAGCUUGCUUUUCACUUGUGUUGUGUUGUGGCCACUCAGCAUUGUAAUGGCAACAAUAGCAAGGUACAGUUAGAGGUCAAGGAACAGAAAGUGAGUAGCUUCUUAGCAGAGCAGUUCCAUCAAGGGAAGGCAGUGAAGUUACUGGAAUCUCUUCCUUGUCAACUACUGAUUCAUGAAAUACUUCUUUAGCGGGAACUGUCUGUCCCACUAUAGUGCUUUGUGAAAUAAGAUGCCAUGCUGUAAUACUUAAACCUUCAAUAUAAACUUCAGUCAGUGCAAACGCUUCACCUGUGACUUAGUUGUGAAACUUGCAGCUAAACUGCUGCGGUAUCAGACAGGCUUUAGAAUGUGAUUUGAGCUUUCUUGAGGGAAGUGUGGAGGGAGGAACACUGAAUCCUAGUCCACAACAAGAAUUGGACUGUAUGGUAGAACUGAAAAAUAGGAGAUGACUCGUGAUGUUCCUGAGAAGCUGCAAGGCCAAAUUCCUAAUGAAUUUGGUGACUUGAGCAGACAGCAGAACAGCCCUAAUGAAAAGUACAGGUGAGCAUAUGCUGAGUAGUAUUACUUCUUAUCAGCUCAUUGCACGGUAAUGGGCAGUUUUGUUUGGAUCAUCAGGAAAACUGAGAAUAAAUAGUAGCUUUGAACUGACUUCAGCUGUUCCAUAGGUUACACAGAGCACGAGCUUUCUCUAAAACUUUCAGGUUGAAAAUCUGAAUCUCAUUCCACAUAUCCUGAUAUAGUAAGAGUUUAAGGGAAUGCUAAGUCCCUACUUUGAUAGGUUACAUAAUAUUGAAUGGUUGUUCUUAAACCUCUUUUCAUUUGCUUUUCAUCAUAGCAAGUGUGUUUCAAGGUUGUUUUAAAUGUCUUUAUAAUAUUUACCAUGGGAACACAAAGUAUCUGUGCAGGAGUAAUGUCAUGGCAUUAAGAUGACAAUAUUGCUUCUCAGAGUUCUUUGCAUUGAAGACAAUAUCCCUUGAAGUCUGAGUUAAUGCAGUUCCUAUAAUUACUUUUCACCUGUGGUGGAGAAAAAAACUCUUGUCUGUAACAGUGGGUGGGUUUCUGUGAUGAAUACAUAAAUACAUAACUUCAUGCUCUGUUUGUUCUCUGACUGAAGUAUGUUCUUAAAUGUAUCUUCAGUGUAGACUUAAAUUGAGGUAUGUAAAACUUGUGAAGUCACCAAAGUGGCUGGUCACAAAGUAUCUGUUUCUGAUUACAGAUGCUAACGAAGCAUAGACUGAAAUGCAGAUUAAACACUAACAAAGAGAUAAGUACUAAGAGUAUGUUUUCUCCUUACUCCUUCUCUGAAUUGGUGGUUCUUGUGGUGGCCUUGCACUUGGCUACUUGCGAGUUGCAGCACAUCUAUAAGGGAGUGCAGCUGGUGGAAAGCUGAUUAUGGACGAAAGAUGGUUACCCAUCAGCAUUACAGGUGUGGGCUUCUUAGAAAGCAAGCACCAGAGCAAACACAGCUGACUUAGGGGAUAUGCACAACAAACCAUACUUGCUUUCUCAUGUAUUGAGACAGUCCUUAUAACAUGCAGGGAUGAGACAACAUUAGAUUUGUGUUGACAUGUAAUGUGAUAUUUAAUUUUUGACUACCCGUAACUUGUUUUGCUUUUGAAACAGUAAUAGUCAAUUGUUUGUGGGAGAUUGAGAAAAUACUGCUGUAAAUUAGUUUUAAUGACAUUUGUGUGUUUAGUAAUUAAAGCAUCAAAUAGUUCUGAGGUCUAAAUGCUUUUUAACUUUUAAACAGCGUUGUGGCAAUUGCUGUUGUGUUCCCAGCUGUAUUCGUAACAGCAUUAAAACAAAUCACUGGACAAAUGAUGUAAUAUUGAGCCUGAAGAUAAACUUCCCACUUCAUGUUUUCAGAUCUUCAGGAACUAAGAUAAAGCGGCAGUAAUGCAGAGCUGGGUUGGAAACCAGGAUAUUGCUUGUUGUGGAUUCUUUGUUUUGUAAUGUUAAUACAAAAGCUCAAUUUUAUGAUGUUGCUGGGACUUGAUUUCACGUGGAGAUCCGUUUUCAUGUGAUGUGAUUUCCUUUGCCUACGUGGCACAAUUAGCGUGUUUUUCUUCUUAAAGGCUGAUGUCAGUCACUCACCACUUUCAGUGAGCUUUAUUUGCCAGAUACUGCAGCAGAUAAGCGGCAAAAAAAA